AUUUGGCGUGGCCACGAUGUACAAGCUCGAUCGUUGCAGACGGGGAGAAGCAGGAAGAAGCCAGUCGAGGCCCGGUCUUGCAGCCGUCGAUCUUGUCCUCACCGGUGAAUAAACAGAUAUCUUGGUUAAAGCGAUUCUCUCCUCAAAAAUUCGCCUAGGGAGACACCAACAGCUCUCAAGUCUCAGCAUCAUCCAAACGGAGUGAGGAGCCAACAACGUCGUGUGAUUUGGGAAAUAGCUCAAUCUUUUCCAAGAGGCCAUUCAGCCCUUAAUUGAAAGGCGAAUUAGUUUUCUGUUCUGUUUUCGAGCACGAUGGUCGAAAUGACGACCAUGAUGGAUGCCAACGGCGUCUACAUGGAGCAAGAGGAAGAAUGGGAGCGAGAGGGAUUACUCGAUCCAGCUUGGGAAAAACAACAACGAAAGACUUUUACAGCCUGGUGUAAUUCUCACCUGCGUAAAGCUGGCACUGGAAUCGAUAACAUUGAGGACGAUUUCCGCAACGGCCUCAAGUUGAUGCUUCUACUUGAGGUCAUCUCGGGUGAAACGUUGCCCAAGCCCGACCGCGGAAAGAUGCGUUUCCACAAGAUCGCCAACGUCAACAAGGCCCUGGAUUUCAUCGCCAGCAAAGGCGUCAAACUCGUUUCCAUCGGAGCUGAGGAAAUCGUUGACGGCAACACCAAGAUGACGUUGGGUAUGAUUUGGACCAUCAUUUUGCGUUUCGCCAUUCAAGACAUUUCGGUCGAAGAGAUGACGGCCAAAGAGGGCUUGUUGCUCUGGUGCCAACGUAAGACGGCUCCCUACAAGAACGUUAACGUCCAGAAUUUCCAUCUGAGCUUCAAGGAUGGCCUUGCUUUCUGUGCCUUGAUUCACCGCCACCGUCCGGAUCUAAUACCCAACUACAACCAGCUGUCCAAGGAUAAUCCUUUGGAAAAUCUUAACUUGGCUUUUGAUGUGGCUGAGAAGUAUCUGGACAUCCCUCGCAUGUUGGACCCUGAAGACCUUUGCAAUUCCGCAAUGCCUGACGAGCGUGCCAUCAUGACCUACGUAUCUUCUUAUUACCAUUGCUUUGCCGGCAAAAUAAAGGCGGAAACCGCAGCUAAUCGCAUCUGCAAAGUGCUCAAGGUUAACCAGGAGAAUGAGCGCCUCAUGGAAGAGUACGAGCGUUUGGCCAGCGAUCUUCUGGAGUGGAUCAAAAGAACUCUGCCUUGGCUCGAGUCUCGCCAAACGGACAACUCGUUGGCCGGCGUGCAAAAGAAAUUGGACGAGUACCGGCAAUACCGCCGCAAGCACAAGCCUCCCCGUGUCGAACAGAAGGCCAAGCUGGAAACCAACUUCAACACGCUGCAGACCAAGUUGCGUCUGUCCAACCGACCUGCUUACAUGCCCACCGAAGGCAAAAUGGUUUCGGAUAUCGCCAAUGCUUGGAAAGGUUUGGAAGGGUGCGAGAAAUCAUUUGAGGAGUGGCUCCUCUCUGAAAUGAUGAGACUGGAACGUUUGGACCAUUUGGCUCAAAAGUUCAAGCACAAAUCAGACAUCCAUCAAGGAUGGACUCAAGGCAAAGAAGAAAUGCUUUCUUCCCAGGAUUUCCGUUCGUGUCGCUUGCCGGAAUUGAAGGCACUGAAGAAGAAACACGAAGCCUUCGAGAGUGACUUGGCUGCUCACCAGGAUCGCGUCGAACAAAUCGCUGCCAUCGCUCAAGAACUCAAUGCGUUGGAUUACCACGACACGGCUUCGGUUAACGCCCGCUGUCAGCUUAUUUGCGAUCAAUGGGAUCGGUUAGGAUCACUGACUCAAUCGCGUCGCCAAGCUUUGGAGGAGGCCGAACGAGUGCUCGAAAAGAUUGAUCAACUUCAUUUGGAAUUUGCCAAGAGGGCUGCGCCUUUCAACAACUGGUUGGACGGAGCCCGCGAAGACUUGGUGGACAUGUUUAUCGUCCACACAAUGGAAGAGAUUCAAGGCUUGCUCGAUGCCCACGAACAAUUCAAAGCCACCCUGGGUGAGGCGGACAAAGAAUAUCAAUCGAUCGUUGGCCUGGUUCAACAAGUUGAAUCGAUUGCCGGUCAGCACAGCAUCCCCGGUGGACUGGAUAAUCCUUACACCAGUCUGACAGCCAAGGAUGAAUCAUCACCCAAGGACAUUACUUCUAAAUGGGCGGAAGUCCGUCAGUUGGUUCCACAAAGGGACGGCACUCUUCAAGCUGAGCUGCGUAAACAGCAGAACAAUGAGCUUAUGCGCCGCCAGUUUGCCGAAAAAGCCAACUCGGUUGGACCGUGGAUCGAGCGCCAAAUGGACGCCGUGGCUUCUAUUGCAAUGGGCAUGCAGGGCUCUUUGGAGGAUCAAUUGGUACGUUUGAAGGAAUACGAGCAAAACGUCUACGCCUACAAGUCGCAUAUGGAAGAACUGGAGAAGCUCAACCAAGGCAUCCAAGAAUCGAUGGUCUUUGAAAACCGAUACACCCAGUACACCAUGGAAACGCUGCGAGUCGGCUGGGAGCAAUUGCUCACCUCUAUCAAUCGCAAUAUCAACGAAGUUGAAAACCAGAUUCUGACACGCGAUUCGAAAGGUAUCACCCAAGAACAGUUGAACGAAUUCCGAAGCUCGUUCAACCACUUCGAUAAGAACCGUGUCGGCCACCUGAAGCCGGACGAGUACAAGUCAUGUUUGGUCAGCUUGGGUUAUUCGCUCGGCAAGGACAAGCAAGGAGAUAUUGACUUCCAACGUAUCAUGGCUAUCGUUGAUCCCAACAACAGCGGCUACGUCCUAUUUGAUGCCUUCCUCGAUUUUAUGACGCGAGAGUCCACCGACUCGGACACAGCCGAACAGGUGAUUGAUUCGUUCCGCAUCUUGGCCGGUGACAAACCUUACAUCUUGCCGGAUGAGUUGCGUCGCGAACUGCCACCCGACCAGGCCGAAUACUGCAUCCAACGCAUGCAGCCCUACAAGGGCCCGGAUGGUAUUCCUGAAGCCCUGGACUACAUGUCAUUCUCCACGGCACUUUAUGGCGAGUCCGAUCUGUAAAAAAAAAAAAGGAGAAGAAGAAGAAGAAAUUAAAGAAAGAAGGAAAAGAGAAUACGAAUUUAGAAGCCACCGAAACGAGAAAAGGAGAAGAAAAACGAAACAACGAGGCAACUUUGUUUAGCAAUCGGAAUAUCAACAACGCCGCCGCCACCACUCUUGUGUUACCAUAAUUAUACCUACCAACUACGUCAUAGGGUCCUCUCGGGAAAAGAAAGAAAUUUUUCAAUGUUCAGCCUACGAGACUAAAAACAAAACAAACAAAAACAAAAAAAAAAAAAACAUUCAGAAGGAACCAAUCGCCGACCGGUUUAGCGUGUGGAGACAACGAGCGACAGAGAGAAAAAGAGAGCGAUGGAUAUAUUUAAAAAAAUGAAAAGGAAAAAAGAACUCACUGCCUUUGUUUGUUUUUUUUUAAUCUUCAUUUUUUUUCUUUUGUUUUACUGCUAACAUAUCUUUCGUCGACUGGCACUGAGUCUUAAACCAUUUAUUCUAUAAUUUUUUCUUUUGUUUUUCGUUAUUUUUCUUCUUAUUCCCUCUUUUCUGUUGACUCUCCCUCGCCGGAACUCCCUCCUUCUUCUUCACCCCCCCACCAAUGCACACACACACACACGUUCAGUGUCCUAAUUGACUUAACCUUCACUUUAGGUUCCUUCUCCCUCUCCUCUGUGUUGCUGCUCUCCUCGUGUGUGUUUGCGUGCGGUUAAAACGUAGGCCGGUUUCUUUUUUAAAUAGAAAAUAAGGGCGUGAAGCGCGUCCAGGGCAAGUCUAGUCGUUGCUAAGCAGAGAAACACACACACACACACAUACAUUUAAGAAAAACAUGCAAAAUCAAAUAUUAAAAGAAACUUUUAACUUAAAGGAGAGGAGAUGCAAAAAAGUGGCCAAACUGUUUAUCACACACACACACACCGAAAUCUUUUGUUUCUUCUAUUGGGUGGGGGAGUAACAUCGUGACAAUUGUAUUAGAAUUUGUCUAUUUGAGACGUUACGUGAGGGAGAAAACCGUCACUUGUGGCUUCUUUUUUUUUCAUUUUUAUACACAAAAUCAUUUACCUUUUUUUUUUGUCGUCUUUACUUUUUUUCUGUUCGUCUAGUUAACCCCUGACGCUGCUGAUUAUUUACCUUUCAACAAACAAACAAAAAUAAAUCUUUUGUCCUUUGUCCUCUUCUCCUACCCCGAAACAUUUAGCCAUGUGUUGUUAUUAUUAUUAUUUUUUUUUUUUCGGGGAGUUGCCGCGCUUUAACCUGAUGAUUCUUUUGAGACUCGUCACCUCAACGUGACCCUCCUGUGUGAUGUUUUUUUUUUUUUUUCUCUUUCAGAAAGAAUUUAAAAAAAAAAGAAUUGAGAUAACAUUAACGCAGAUCGGUAUUUGCAGUUAAUACAAUGGCGGGUCGUUCCCACUCUCUUUUUCUCUCUUCUGAUAUAUUAUAGUCUUCUAAUAAUAUCUAAUGAUAUAUCCUACUAAAAAAGAAAAGCGCUAUUUUUUUUUCCUCCACUUCUCUGCUUUCAAUAGUUUCGCUGUCGUGGACAAAGAAACCUGGAUUAAUUUAAAAAAUAAACAUACGCUGCUUUUUUCCUUGUUUAAAUACUUUCAUGACCUCCUCCGCAUCCUCCCGCUCCUUCCAUUAUUUUUUCUUCAAUUUUUAUUAAAUCUAUAUAUUUUUUUUUGAUUUUUGAUUUUCGUGUUUGGAAACAUGGCCAGGUGUUCACAUGGAGAGAAACGAGAAGAAAUAUAAAAAAGAAAAGAAAAA